GUGUGCGAUUCGAACAGUAGGCGGCGAUGCUGUGCAGCUGAUUGAUUCCGGACAUUUAAAUGAAAACUCGAGGAAGUGACCUAGCAAAGUGAGGAGGAAGAGUCUCGUUGGUAAUGUAAACAGUGUCUGCGCCCUGACGAGAGUUCACGUUAUAAAAAGGUCCCAGCUAUUACCCUCCCUGCAGGAGGAGAGUGUGUGCGUGUGUAAACCAUGGAGAAUUCAAACAAAGAGGAGUACAAGAUCCAGUCUUUUGAUGUAGAAACACAGCAGCUGCUAAAAACCGCACUGAAAGAGCCUGGUGCGGUGGAUCUGGAGAAAGUGGCUGCGGUGAUUGUGGAUCAGUCUCUGAAGGACCAGGUGUUCAGUAAAGAAGCCGGCCGGAUCUGCUUCACUAUCGUUCAGGCAGAGACCAAGGAGAGCGGCUCCAACGUGUUCCGGAGGAGCCUCCUGAACCGGCUGCAGCAGGAGUUCAAGCACCGGGAGGAGACUCGGAGCAGGUCCCUGCAGGAGUGGGUCUGCUACGUCACCUUCAUCUGUAAUGUCUUCGACUACCUCAAGGUGAACAACAUGCCCAUGAGGGCGCUGGUCCACCCCGUGUAUGAUUGUCUCUUCAGACUGGGCCAGGCAGACUCGCUGCGGAACGAGGAGGAGGUGGACUGCCUGGUGCUGCAGCUGCACCGCAUCGGGGACCAGCUGGAGAAGAUGGACGUGCAGCGCAUGGACGACCUGUUCUUCGUGCUGCGGGACGGCUUCCUGCUACAGGAGGGGCUCAGCUCGCUGGCACGCCUCCUGCUGCUGGAGAUCCUGGAGUUCAGGGCGGGGGGCUGGCGGCUCAGCGACACGGGACAGAAAUACUACUACAGCGAGCUCACAGACUGAGGAGGGAGGGGCGGCAGGGACGGGAGCAGGGCCGGGGUUAGAGACGUCAGGUAUCACACUGGGGCAAGGGUGGGGGGAAGAGUUCUUAUCGGAGUGCAGACCAACUAGACACAACUACAAUCCACUAGAGUGAAGCAGACACACAUUUUGGAUAAUGACUUUUGGCUUAUAGUUGCACCUAAGUGCAGUAUCAGGUGUGUGAAGGAGUUGGUUUUUGUCCACUAAAUGAAGAUCCAAGAUGUUAAAAUACAAUCAUUUCAUCAUUCAGCACGAUUCAGUGGCAACCAUCCUUAAACUUCCUUCACAGCUGCAGGUACUGUCCGCUUCAAUAGAUAUAAUAUGAAGUGUAUGCCUUUCAGAUAAAUAAAGUGUAAAGUGUGCACACUAUAUAAAGUGUGCACACUAUAUAAAGUGUGCACACUCUAGAUUACACAAAGUCUUAGAUUUUCCAAACCAGCCCCAACAGGCUUGACUCCUGACGCCUCUAACCCUACAGAAAACCCCAGAAAGCAUCACUGUGACUGCUGAACACCAGCUCAGUCAAACCAAAACAGAUCACUUUAACUGUGCG